CUCGGGCCAGCAGGGGAAGAACACCGGAAGGGACUUAUCAGGACGAUUUGGAAAAAGGAAAGGAAGAGGAGGAGCAAGGAACCAUGGCCUCUUUGGUAGCUCUUUGUAGUGGGCUAGGGAGGAAAAGGUUGACGCACUUCGUAACGGCUGCUGUCUGCAUUAGAGAUUCCAGGAUCCAAGCAGUUCUCUGGAGAAGUUGUUCACAGUAUAAACAGGUAACCAGCAAUGAGGACCUGCCUGUUCCAAUGGAAAAUCCUUACAAGGAGCCUCUGAAAAAAUGUAUCUUGUGUGGAAAACGUGUAGAUUAUAAGAAUGUACAGGUCUUUGUGGGAAGAAACAAAAAGAAAUCACAAAAGCAAUUAAAAGAGCUCAAAUAAUGGGUAAGAGCAUCUGAAAACAUGAAUUAUGCCAACCAGAAUUUUGCUCAUUAUCUUUUGUGAAGAACUUUCAUUAUCUUCCCCCCACCCCCGGCAUUUUCAUAUUGUUUUACCUAAAUAUUCAGUAACAGAUUCAUUUUUGUCAUAGUAAAGAACUUUCAUUAUCUCUUUACAGGGUUUAUGCCAGUUACAUACAAGGAUCCUGCAUAUCUCAAAGACCCUAAAAUUUGUAACAUCAGAUACAGGGAGUAAAUUACAUAAAGUUACCAUCAAUAAACUUAUUUUACAAUAAA